AAUCCUUAUUGCAUCAUCAAGUGUGACGGAUCGACCGUCCGAACGCCGAUCUGUAAAGAGUGCGCGGACCCUGUGUGGGAUAUGAAAUGCGUGUUUGUUCGCAAGCGUACGGAGAAGCCCGUGAAAAUUGACGUUUGGAGUUCUAAUCUGGUGAAGGACACGUUUAUCGGUCGCGUGUUGCUCGACUGUCCAGUGACGAACAGUAUGACAAAGGUUGAGAAACAGCUGCAAGACAAGGGCAAACGGAUGGAAGAACCUGAGUAUCGCCUAGGAAAACUGCUUAUCCACGUUGCUACGUUUGACAAUCCAAUGCACUUCUGA